AAAAAAUCCUGAAACUUAGAGAUCAUCAUCAUCAUCAUCUUUUCACCAUGAAAAUGGGAAUGGGCAAGCUAACAGAGUUGUGUGGGGGUCUAGUAGUAAGAAGGGAGUUGGUAAUUCUGUUAUUAGUGGUUGCAGCAGUAGCAGCAGUAGGGAGUAGUGGUAACAUAGUGGAGGAUGAAUACGUGGAGGAGGGGAAGGGGAAAGUGAUAAAGGACAAGGCAGAAGAGAAGGCUGCAGAGACAGGGAGGAAAGCUAAAGAGGCUUCGGAGUCAUGGGCUGAGUGGACCAAGGAGAAAAUCACCGAAGGCCUCGGGUUUAAAGUAACAAAGGAAGCCAAGGAUGCUACUGCUACUGCUACUGCUAUUGCUAUGCACACCAAAGACGAGAUUUCUAGUAUCUAUCUAUCUAUUACUCAUUUUCAUUAUUUUCCUAAUUAAUUACCUACUAACUAACCCAUAAUUAUUAUCAAUCAAAUUCAAUAUUGUUUUGUUUCUAACUAAGAAGGCUAAAAAUCUCUGUCAAUGUUUCUGCCAAAAUUGGACCUAAUAAAAUGUAAACACAACAUCAUCAGAUUUAAAAAGAGUAGUGAGUGUACUACUGGCAGCUGCUCUCCCUUAACCUCCUCAUGGUAUUAAAAUGUAGGUACAUCUGUGUACCAAUUAUGAUCCAUGAUCAUGUAGUGGAGGAAAGCAUCUUAAUUCCCGCACCGCAUGCUAUUUAUUUAUUUAUUUAUUCUCAUAUUCAAAUACAAAAAUAUUGGACGGGGGCAGGGGCAGGACAAAACAGCGCAGACAAAUCCGGAGAAAUGAAGAAUGAGGAUGCAACUGAAAAGGCUGCGUAUGCCAAGGAAACAGCAUUCCAGAAGGCGGAAGAGGCCAAGCAUAGGGCCUAUGAGACGGCGGAGGAAGCAAAGGAGAAGUCAUCUAACAAGAUAGGAGGAGAGACAAAGGA